AUGAUUACAAAAUACUUCACCAAAGUCGUUGUCAAAUUCAAUCCCCUAGACAAAGGUGGUAAAAACGGGAGAUUAUUCCUUUCACAGAUCCCACCAGCUUUAAAAGGUGCAUGUUCUAUAGAUCAUGAAUUAUUGAAUGCUACUUCUAAAAAUGCACCAAUAAUUAAAGUCACCUUCAAGGAUAAGAAAUCAUUAGAAACAGAUCCAACAAAAGGUAGUAUCAAUGAAAUUGCAUCUUUUUUCGAUCGUCAUUCAAGACAAUUACAAUUCAAAGAGUCUAUUGAGAAAUAG